AUGGGAGCCAUUGAAAACUCAGUGCGUUCCAAAAAUGUGCUAAUCGAGGAAUUUCUCGACCGCAUGCUGGCCGAUCCGGGAUCACAACUGCUCGUCUGGUUGACAAUCUUUCACCGACUUGCAGCUGUCGAAAAUGAUGAUGAUGAUGAUUCGGAUGAUGAUUGGGAUGAUGAUGAUGGUGAUGAUGAUGAUGAUGAUGAUGAUCCGGAUGAUCCGGAUGAUGAUGAUUACGAAAUAAUUAUUCUCUCUCAAUUAUGA